AUGCGAGAUGACAUCUUCAGCACAGGUGUCUGUUUAUUCGAGGUCAUAUGCUUCCGGUCCCUACUUGCUUGGAAGGAGAAGGGGAAGACAGAAGCUCAAUUGCGCGGCGACUAUGUGUACGACGAUAGUUUUGUGCCACUAUCAGAUGGUCGAGAUGAAUGGAAGGAACUCACACCGGGCGAGCGAGCAAGGAGAAAAGCAGCAGUUCUCAUCGAGAAUGUUAAGGAGAAAGUCCCGAAAGUUCUUGGACAGCGGAUAGGGAAGCAAGUGGCUGAGAUCAUUGUCAGUUUUCUACGUGCCGGAUACGAUAAUGAAGCAUUUGGUGUGUCCCUGAAGGACAAGAGCGAUACUGAGGUUAGUCUUUUCUUCCUGAGUGAGGCGUUAAAAUGCCUCCGAGAAAUCCAUAGGAAAAUGAUCGACUCCGAGAGGAAGAAGAGAAACUCGCAAUGGCAGUUUGGUGCCCUAAACUUCUGUCGAUAG